GCGCAGUGCAGUGCGCCAGACCCAACGACCAGGAGUGCCCAGCGGGGAAGAGCACACGCCAUGGCUACGUCAUUUGUGGUGGACAGCCCUGAUGUCACCUACACCUCUGACUUCAUUGAGGCCCAGUACACCUACAACACUACUAUGGUGUGCCAGGAGGAGGGCACCACUAAGGUGAAGCCCUGCUCCACUAAGCUCACCUUCCGCACGGAGAGGCAUGUUCCAAAACUGGGGGUCAUGCUGGUCGGCUGGGGCGGGAACAACGGCACCACGGUGACUGCGGCUGUCUUGGCGAAUCGGCUGGAACUCUCCUGGACGACCAAGACAGGCACCAAGCAUGCCAACUAUUACGGGUCCCUCUUGCAAGCCUCCACCGUGUCCCUGGGCACUGGCCCAUCUGGAGAAGUUUACAUUCCCUUCCGGGACCUCCUCCCUAUGGUGCAUCCCAAUGACGUCGUCUUUGAUGGGUGGGACAUCUCGUGCCUGAACCUAGCAGACGCCAUGAAGAGGGCCGCAGUCUUGGAUUGGUCGCUGCAGCAGCAGCUCCUGCCAUUCAUGGAGGGCCUGAAGCCUCGGCCGGGCAUCUACAUCCCAGAGUUUAUAGCUGCCAACCAGGAGAAGAGAGCAGACAACGUCCUGACGGGGACCAAGGCUGAGCAGGUGGCUCAGAUCCGCCGUGACAUUCGGGACUUCAAGAACUCCAGUGGCGUGGCCAAAGUGAUCGUCCUCUGGACAGCCAACACGGAGCGGUUUUGCGACGUGCACCCCGGCGUCAAUGAUACGGCCGCCCACCUUCUGCAGGCCAUCGAGCGUGGGCUAGAGGUGUCGCCUUCCACCCUCUACGCUGUGGCCAGCAUCCUGGAGGGCUGUGCCUACAUUAACGGCUCCCCGCAGAACACCUUCGUGCCAGGAGCUGUGGAGCUCGCAGUCCAAAGAGGGGUCUUCAUUGCAGGCGAUGACUUCAAGUCUGGCCAGACGAAGAUCAAGUCUGUCCUGGUGGAUUUCCUGAUCAGCUCGGGGCUUAAGCCAGUCUCCAUCGUCAGCUACAACCAUCUGGGCAACAAUGAUGGCCACAACCUUUCGGCGCCGGCCCAGUUCCGUUCCAAGGAGAUCUCCAAGAGCAACGUGGUUGACGACAUGGUGCAGUCCAACCCGGUCCUCUAUGGGCCGGGGGAGCGGCCGGAUCACUGUGUGGUCAUCAAGUACGUGCCCUAUGUGGGGGACAGCAAGCGGGCCCUGGACGAGUACACGUCAGAGAUCGCUUUGGGUGGCACCAACACCAUGGUGAUACACAACACUUGUGAGGACUCUCUCCUGGCCGCUCCCAUCAUCUUGGACCUGGUGAUCCUCACUGAGCUCUGCCAGCGGAUCCGCGUGGGUGUGGUGGGCGAGACGGAGCCGCAGCUCCUCCACAGCGUCCUGUCUCUGCUCAGCUUCCUCUGCAAGGCGCCCCUGGUCCCCCAGGGCGCCCCGGUGGUCAACGCCCUCUUCCGCCAGCGGGCCGCCAUGGAGAACUUCUUCAGGGCUUGUGUGGGCCUCCCGCCCCAGAACCACAUGCUCUUGGAGUACAAGACCCAACAGCCGUGGGGCUGUGCCAAGCACCCCUGCCCCACUUCCACACCAGUGUGGCCUGCUUCUCUCCAGAAGAAAGCCUCCCACAUGAACGGCUUCUUGGGGGCCCCAGAAGACAAUGGGCCGAUGUUCCCCGGACUGGGCGUGGGGCACGCUCGCUGAUGGGGACUGUUCCUUUUUUCCUGAUCUGUCUUUCUUUCUUUUUUUGUACUGAGUAGGGUUAGGAAAGGAAGGAGUCACAGAAUAACUUCCCCCUCCCCUUUUGAAUGCCACUGAAUCCAGCUGUGAAUGUUCAAAUCUGAAAUAAAUAAAGGUAUGGAGAGAGGAAUCGGGGGAGUUGUGUCAGUCAUUGUGGGGCCCUGGGUGAUUUGCAAUUUUAAGUCCACAGGCAUCAAAGGCGCAGGAGGGAAGCAGGUCUCUCUGCCCCACUGGAAUCUCAGUUUCUCAGUGGAAGCACUCAAAGGCUUCUGAAACGAGCUUGAAG